AAGCCGCCUUGGACCCCAUGGCUUCGAUGCCUCCGACCAGUAGGGCAACCACUGCCAACCAAGCGGCCCUCUGUCUCGAAACACCUGCGCCGAAUUUGACUCCAUUUCACAAAGAAAACAGUGCUGAGAACAACUCGGAAAACAGUGACAUGUCAUGCAGACGAAAAGAAAGAGGACAAGUGGGAUGUACAACCGUUGGCACACAUCCACACUCUGAAAAGAACACAACGAAUGAGUUGUCACAAGUCACCCCACCACCGCUAUCACCAUCACCACCAGCAACAUCAACACCACAGCAACCUUUACCUCCCCCUCCAGCAGUAUCAGCGCCACCCCCACCACUACCAUCACCGCCACCACCACCAUCUUUGCCCCAAACAGCUCUUUCUUCACCACCUUUAUCAUCACCGACCCAAUCAUUACCGUCUCCUCGUUGCUCUGAGCUGGAAAAUAGCGCCACACCACAGAGCAAAACACAGACUCCGACAGCGGCCGACGAGGAGACCAACAAGGAUUCACUAGUUUCACCACCAGAGAUUGCUACAUCUGAACCGGCGGAGAUUUCCAAGACAGCAAAUGACUUGGGCUGUAGCCAGGAAGGAGAAUUCCAAAUCGUUCAAUCAAGUGUCAAGUAA